AAUAUACCCACCGCCAUAAAGCGUAAAACCUUACCCGAUUUCCACUCGCUAUUUCUUAUUCUUUUUCAACAACCGUCCCUUCCAUUUCACUUCCAUUCUCAGAUCUCCAACUAUCCAAACGCACUCGUUUCAACUGCAUUCUCUUCUAUGGCUUCCAAAUUCUUUACCUACACUCUUUUAGCCUUCUUUGCUCUACAAGUUGCCCUCUCUGCAACACCACCACCGGAAUCAGACUCGUCCCCGAGUCCGUCUCCUCAACUACCUGCCGGUUCACCACUGCUUUCCGCUGCUUCUCCUUCACCGCACAUGGAUCUGUCUCCUUCUCCCACAGAUUCACCAAUGGUUUCGCCACCAGCGCCGCCGCCUUCAGAUCUGCUCGGUCCUGGUGCUUCUCCUACUCCGGCUCACUCGCCUGAGAAAUCUGGAGUUCCUGCGCCGGCUCCUGUGGAACCGAGUGAUAUCAAUCACACUGGUAAUGUAGAAGCAAGCGGCGAUCAGUCUAAGGGAUCCUCUGGAAUGAGCGGUGGAAAGAAGGCUGGGAUUGCGAUUGGAGUGAUUUUGGGGGCCGGUGUGGUUGUAGUGGGUGGAUUGCUUUAUAAGAAGAGGCAGCAGAACAUCAGAAGGUCCCAAUAUGGUUACGCUGCCAGGGGAGAGCUUCUAUGAAGACAAUGAUAGAGAUUAUAAAACAAAAGAUUACAAGGUAGCAAUUACUAUUAUCGCUGCUAGAUUUAUUAUUCAUUUCCAUUGUAUACGAUUGAAAGCAUUGUUGAUUUCUUCUAUUCAUCGGUCAUUGCUUGCAGUUACAGAGUAUAAUUUUCUCCUCGUCUUAUAUCCUCCUUUGUGUGAUAGUUAUUGUAAUAGAGUGGAUAUUAAUCAGUAAUCCUUGAUUAGUGAGAAUUUAAUGUUGAUCUGCUAGUGAUUCAAAUCUUUGAAGCUUGAUUUCUAUAAUUAGCAAUCAAUUAUACUGGUUUGUCUUUU